AUGAAGUUGAUUCUCAGAUACGCUGAGAAGAUAAUGAAGAAAGUUUCUAGUAUCACUAUUCCACUACCUGUUGGCAUUUUUGGUAUUAGUCGAAAGACUUCUGUGCUCCGAGAGGACAUCAUUGAUCUUUGUAACAUGAAUGAGGUCAAAACAUUUACAUUGGUGGCCUAUAUGACGUACUUGUAUUCAUCUGUUCUUGGUUCGAAGGAAAAUAUACAGUACGUCUUUGUAGAUCCAUCCCUCACCUCUGCCGGACACUCGCAAGAAUCUCGAGUUCGAAACUUAUGCAGUAGAUUGAUGGUCUCAAAGAUUAACGAAAUAGUUCUUGCUCCUUUUAAUCCUGGGGGUCAUUGGGCACUGCUGGCCAUAAAUGCGUAUGAUGAUACAAUAUUCUACCUCGACUCACUAAGGACAACAUCGAAGUCAACUAUAAGAUACGUCACCGACAAGGGAAGCAUUGUCAUAUAUGAUGCGAUUGAUACACGAAGAUCAUACUCACAGGCAGAACUAGACGAGGAGUGCGUGUUGGUUUGUGGGGAGAACUUUCACUCUAAUAGGCCUUUAAGAAUAGUAAGGAUGAUGAUGCCAGGACGUAGGGGAAUGUCGAAGAUCCAAAUUCCAAAUCCUGAUACGAAUCAUGGGCCUGGAGCGUUACAGUAA